AUGUCUGGAAAACUUCCACAAAAAAAAUUUUUUCGGCAAAGAGCUCACUCGAACCCUUUUUCUGACCAUAUUCUUGAAUAUCCGAAAAGUCCUGCUUAUAUGGAUUGGUCUAAACACUUUCCAGCAUUCUUUCCACCCAAACAAAAGGCAGAGAACCUUUUAGAAGAGUCACCUUCUAAUGUGUAUGAAAAAUCCCAACAAUCAUCACAGAAAAAAGUAGAGUUCGCUGAUCUGGGGUGUGGAUAUGGUGGUUUGCUUGUCGCAUUAUCAACAAUUUUUCCAGAAACUCUUAUGUUAGGCAUGGAAAUUCGAGUAAAAGUUGAAGAAUAUGUAAAAGAACGAAUUAAGGCACUGAGAUUACAACAUCCAGGACAGUAUCAAAAUAUAUCUAUUAUAAGAAUGAAUGCAAUGAAAUUUCUACCAAAUUUCUUUGAAAAAGGUCAGUUAUCAAAAAUGUUUUUUUUAUUUCCGGAUCCACAUUUCAAAACGAGAAAACAUAAAGCUAGAAUUAUCACCACACAACUAUUAGCAGAAUAUGCAUAUAUAUUACGCGCUGGAGGUAUAAUAUAUACUAUUACAGAUGUAAAAGAUUUACAUGAGUGGAUAGUCGUACAUUUAGAAAAACAUCCAUUUUUUAAACGUAUACCAGAUGAAGAAGUGGAAAAAGAUCCAGUUAUUCCAUUUGUUCGUACUGAUACUGAAGAAGGUAAAAAGGUUGAACGUAAUAAUGGGCAAAAGUUUUUAGCAUGUUUUAGGAGGACUGAGGAUUCAACGGAUUCAUCCGAAGAUUAA